AUACUCUUCUCAAGAAAGAAAGUGACUGUUUAGUGUUUACUGUUAUAUUACUUACGAAAUUGAGUUUUCUUCGCAGUUCAAGGAAGGAGCGGAAAAAAAAGGUGUGGGGCCUCUCUUUCUACAGUUUCUGCUGUGUUCCAACCGGAAGAAAUACAGGCAAUUAAAGAUAAGAAACCGUAUAUACCGUGUGAAACAAAAGAAAAAACAUUUUCUAGUAUCUUAUCGUUAAGGGUUGACUCGAGUCAAAGCAAGAUCUGAAUCAAUGGCAGCUGCGUCUUCUUCAUCCUCCGAUCCUCAAUGGAUACACGACGUGUUCAUCAAUUUCAGGGGGGAAGACACACGCAAGAACAUCGUCUCUCAUCUCUACGCCGCCCUCUCGAAUGCCGGAAUCAAUACUUUUCUUGAUGACGAGAAUCUUAGAAGGGGAAUGGAGCUGGGACCAGAACUACGGCAAGCAAUAGAAGGUUCUCGUAUUUCCAUAGUUGUCUUCUCCAAAACUUAUACCUCAUCUACUUGGUGUCUUAAAGAGCUUGAACAAAUCAUGAAAUGCCGAAGAAAUCAUGGCCAGAUGGUUGUGCCCAUCUUUUACAACGUUGACCCAUCGGAUUUGCGUCAUCAGAAAGAUGGUUUUGGAAAAGCUUUGAAAUCAACUGCAAAAAAAAGAUCCUUAAGUGGGGAAAGGAUGGAUAAUCUAUAUUCCAAGUGGAAGAGUGUGCUAACUGAAGCUGCAACUAUAUCUGGUUGGCAUACCAAAAAUUUCGGGAAUGACGCUGAACUAGUUUCUAGAACUGUUGAAGACGUUAGGAGAAAGCUAAGCAGCAGAUCAUUGAAUAUUACCGAACAUCCGGUUGGAUUGGAUACUCGUGUGCAAGAAGUGACUCGGUUAUUUGAUAUUCAAACAAACAAACUUUGCUUGAUAGGGAUCUGGGGUAUGGGUGGAUCGGGUAAAACAACAACAGCCAGAGCUAUCUACAACAAAAUUAAUAGCAAAUUUGUGAGUCACAGUUUCAUUGAGAAUAUCAGAGAAGUCUGUAACAGAGGUGAUCAAGGGAUUAUUCUUUUACAAGAACAACUUCUUUCAAAUGUCCUGAAACCAAGUCAGAAAAUACACAGCACGGCAUCCGGGAUAACCACAAUUGAGAAACUAUAUAUGGGGAAAAGGGCACUCAUUGUACUUGACGAUGUUAGCACAUUUGAGCAAGUAGAAGCCCUAUGUGGAAAUCGUAAAUGUUUUGGUUCGGGAAGUGUAUUGAUUGUUACAUCUAGAGAUGUAAACAUACUUAAGAAACUUCAAGUUCAUUAUAUCUAUAGCAUAAAGGAAAUGGACGAAAUCAAGUCCCUUGAACUUUUCAGUUGGCAUGCUUUUAAAGAACCGAGUCCAAAAGACGACUUCAGAGAACUCUCAAGCAGCAUAGUUACUUACUGUAGAGGAUUACCACUGGCUCUUGAAGUCAUUGGAUCUUACUUACGUGCCAGGACAAUAAAAGAAUGGAGAAGUGUACUAUUAACGUUAGAGAGAAUUCCUGAUAAUCAAGUGCAUGAAAAACUGAGAAUAAGCUAUGAUGGUUUAAAGAAGGAUACGGAAAAGGAUAUAUUUCUUCACAUAUGUUGUUUCUUUAUUGGUAAGGACAGAGCCUAUGUUUCAGAGAUUAUAGACGGCUGUGACCUUUAUGCUGGUAUUGGAAUAACUGUCCUCAUAGAGCGUAGCCUCCUAAAAGUUGAAAAGAAUAAUAAGCUUGGAAUGCAUGAUUUGCUACGAGACAUGGGAAGAGAGAUUGUUCGUGAAAGAUCAAUAAAACUGCUUGGGAAGCGUUGUCGAUUGUGGUUUCACGAGGAUGCACAUAAAGUAUUGACAGAAAAAUCUGGAACAGAAACUGUGGAAGGAUUGGUUUUGAAGUCGCAAAGCACCAGCAAUGUUUGUAUCGAAACUGAUACUUUCAAGGAGAUGAAGAAUUUGAGACUUUUACGACUUGAUCACGUUGAUCUUUUUGGAGCUUUUAAGUAUCUUUCUAAAGAACUGAGAUGGCUCCAUUGGAAGCGUUUUAGUCGUGAAUAUAUACCUGAUGACUUUUAUCUGGAAAAUCUUGUUGUUUUUGAGUUAAAACAUAGCAAUAUUAAACGAGUUUGGAAUGAAACCAAGUUGAUGGACAAGCUGAAAAUUCUCAAUCUCAGUCAUUCCAAGUACUUGACAAGCACUCCUGACUUUUCAAAAUUACCAAAUCUAGAAAAGCUCAUUAUGAAGGACUGUCCACGCUUGUCUGAGGUACACCAGUCAAUUGGGGAUCUGAGGAAUCUUCUUCUGAUAAAUUUGGAAGGCUGUACAAGUCUUAGCAAUCUCCCAGAGAACAUAAAUCAAUUGAAGUCUUUGACCACUCUCAUCCUUUCUGGUUGUUCAAAGAUUGACAGGUUGGAAGAAGGCAUAGUGCAGAUGGAAUCCUUGACAACACUGGUCAUAAAAGGUACAGGUGUCAAAGAGGUGCCAUAUUCAGUGGUAAGAUUGAACAGCAUCGGGUAUAUAUCUCUAUGUGGAUAUGAAGGAUUAUCACAAGAUGUUUUUCAUUCUUUCAUUCAGUCUUGGAUGUCACCAACAAUGAAUUUUUCCCUUAAUAACUUGGACUUUCUAACACCAAUAGUUAGGAGCCUUCAACAACUCAGAACUGUUUGGAUACAAUGCCACUCAGAGAAUCAACUAACUCAAGAAUUAAAAAUGAUUUUUGAUGAUCAAUAUGAUACUAAUUAUACUGAAUCAGAAGCAAUGCAAAGCCCAAAUGAUUUCUUGAGAUCGCAUUUGAUUGGAAUGAGAAGUCUCCCCACAGUCAUGGAUACUCUUGGCAAGAGAAUAUCACAGGGAUUAACAACCACCAAUGGUUCGAGCAAUUUUUUCCUUCCGGGUGGCAAUCAUCCUUCUUGCUUAGCCUAUACAGGUGUAGGACCUUCAGCACCAUUUCAAGUUCCUAAGGAUAUUGAUUGUCACAUGGAGGGAAUAGUCUUACGUGUUGUUUAUUCAUCAAGAUCUGAAAACAUGGCAGCUGAAUGUCUUACCAGUGUUUUGAUCGUUAAUUACACAAAGUGCACCAUCCAUAUUUACAACCGAGACACAAUCAUGUCCUUUAAUGAUGAAGAUUGGAAGAAUUUAACAUCAAAUCUAGGACCUGGUGACGAUGUGAAGAUUUAUGUAGCUUUUGGGCAUGGAUUGAUUGUUAAGAAGACAAUUGUGUAUCUAGUAUCUGGCCAGUCAAUUAUUGUGGAAGUUGAUGAUGCUAACAUGGAAGUGGAGCCACCAGAGGAAGUGAACAUGCAGCCGUCCCUUGAAGUGAAGGUGGAGCAAUCACCAAAGCCCAGAAGUAUAUUUACAAGACUUCCAAACAGAAUAGGUGCAUUUUUAUGCUUGAACCAGCAGAGAGAUAAAGGCUCAAACAAUUUUUGAUUGGACAUGCCUUUGCCAUAAAUGGGAUUUCCUUGUUUCAUGUUUGGCAUUAUCUUUAUGGAGGGAGGAGAGACAGCUCUACUUGUGAGAACUAUUCAUGUGCGAACUAUUUGUGUCAAUUAAUUUGGUUAUAAAGCCAGAAUGCGAAUACUAGGGCAACAAAAUUCUCUUCAAUGGGAAGGAGCUAAUCUCUUCAUGUUGUCUCAGCAUUUGUUGCUAGCAGACUAGGACUUGUUGCCAUAACAUGAAGGAUUGGGACUUAGACUUUCAAGUUUUCCAUGGUUUUCUUUUCUGCCUAAGUAGUGUUGUAGCAGGUUUCUUGUUAGAAGGAUGUAUUGUUGCUA